AUGGCCAGCAGCAGUAGCAACUCCAAGCCCAGAUGGUUGCCCUUAGAAGCUAAUCCAGAAGUCAUGAACAAGUAUGUCGAUGGACUUGGUGUAGGAAACUCUUUUCAAUUUUGUGACGUCUUUGGAUUAGAUCCUGACCUAUUGAUGAUGAUACCUCAGCCUUGUGCUGCCCUCGUUAUGUUGUUCCCAAUCACAGACAGGGUUUUAAUUAAUUGUGUGGGCAUAAUAAAGACCUUUUUUAUAGUACAAAGCUUUUUGAAAAGAGGAAGAAGAGAAGAUUGAGAAAGAAGGACAGGUAAGAAUUUAGCAAUGAGGUGAAGAA